AUGGAAGCAGUUCUUGUACCGUACACCUGGAAUCCCGACUUUGUUGGACGUUCCGACGUCCUCGAAAAGCUGAAAAGCCAGCUCGGCCAUGGACAACCUCAGAGCAGUGGCAAGCAACACCGGCGAGUCGCUCUCUACGGCCUAGGAGGCAUUGGGAAAACGCAGAUUGCAUUGGCACACGUGUACUGGCUGCAAGAGACGUCUCCGGACGUAUCGGUCUUCUGGGUCCACGCGAGUAACGCCGAGCGGUUUCGUCAGUCAUAUGUAUCGAUCGCACAGGAAUGCCAGAUCCCUGGUUACGACGAUCCCAAGACGGAUGUGCUGCCGCUGCUGAAGCGGUGGCUGGAGAGGAAGGAGCGCGGCCGGUGGCUGAUGGUGAUCGAUAAUGCCGACGAUGCACAGCUCUUCAGCGGGCCAGAAGGGGUUGGACGGCACAUACCCGAAUGCGCCCACGGGUCCGUUGUUGUGACGACGAGGAACAAGGAGGCUGGCUCGAGGCUCACGAAGGGUGGACGACCAAUUGAGGUCCGGGAAAUGGACGAGAGCGAAUCCAAGGAGCUGCUCAAGAAGAAGCUCGAGGAGGGCGGAAUUGAGGCCGACGACUUGUCAGCCCUUUCGUCUCGACUGGAGCGUCUACCGCUUGCAUUGGUCCAGGCCGCCGCCUUCAUGCAGGAAAAGUCGGUAUCCGUCAGUAAGUACCUCCAGCUGCUGGGCGGGGGCGACCAGCACCUCGUGGAUCUGCUUAGCGAGGAAUUCGAGACGGUCGGGCGAGACUCGGAGACUCCUCGUGCAGUGACGGAGACGUGGAUUCUGUCGUUUGAUCAGAUCCAGCAGCAGAAUGCCUUCGCAGCCGAGCUUCUCUCGCUCAUGAGCCUCUUCGACCGGCAGGCCAUUCCAUCCGACUUUUUGUCCGACUACAGCGAGCAGCAGUCGGGCAAAGGACCAAGGGGGGAAGCGUUUUCCUUCGUCGUGGAGGAGAAAGACCAUGGCCUGGACAUGCACCGACUCGUGCAGUUGGUGACCAGAAAGUGGCUUGUCAAGAAGGAUACGAUUAGGCACUUCGGCGGUCAGGCGCUCAUGACGGUGUCGCAUAUUUACCCGUUUGGCAACCAUGACAACCGGUUGAUAUGCACGGCGUACCUUCCGCACGUGGAUGCGGUACUGAAGCUGGGAGGGACUGGGUCGAGGGAGGAGAAGCUGGCGAGGGCGUCUCUCCUCCAUUGUGCGGCGGGGCUUUUCUACUACCAGGGCCAAUGGGGAGAUACGGAGGAGUUCCAAGCGCAGGCCGUAGACCUACGAAGAGCGUUACUGGGAUCGGAGCAUCCCUCGACGCUGACCAGCAUGGCCAACCUGUCGUCGACGUACUGGAACCAGGGCCGGUGGGAGGAGGCCGAGAAGCUGUUUGUGGAGACUCGCAAGACGAAGCUCGGGGCCGAUCAUCCCGACACGCUGACCAGCAUGGCCAACCUGGCGUCGACGUACCGGAACCAAGGCCGGUGGGAGGAGGCCGAGAAGAUGGAGGUGGAGGCUUACAGUAACUGCAAUUGCUAG